GGGUCUCCUCUUCUCUUUCUCUCCCGCGUAAAAUCAGCUUAAGAGAAUUUUCAGACGUCGAAUUUCUGCAAAACUUCCAAAGGCACAGAGGCCGCCGUUGUGCGCCGCGGUCGCGUUGGCGCCGACCCUAAUCACUUUUAAAACGCCAUAAAGCGGAUUAGCCGUAAGGGAUAUUAUGGGCCAAUCGAAGUUAUGAAUUCAUUAGGCGAGCGCGUGCGGGUAAACGAGAUUACGAAGUCGCGGUCGAAGUUCCAACCGGCCGAAAUCGGCGCUAACUCUCUCGGCCCCGGGCUGGCCUAAUCGCGACCUCAAUUAUCUGAUACAGCCGUAACGUUCGGCUAAACUCUGCUGCGAUUAUUAUUAUCGUGUGGUGGACGAGUGUGUGAAAGUAUAAGUUCCGAAUAAUCACUUGUCGGCGCGAACGCACCUAACGAUGCCGUGAUCACGCGCUGCCUCUCUCGUCGUAAUUAUUGAGCCAAUCAAAGUUAAAGCGACGCCUGCUUUCGGCCGCUCCGUUAACCGUAGCUCGCGUGGAACAGCACACGGGGGUGCGAUUUAAUUAAUUAGGGAAACGACAGUUACUCGACAACGACGACGACGACGACGACGACAAGGGUUGGCCGGAAUCAGGCUGUGUGUUGCGCUACUACGGAUUUCUUCUUUUUUAUAUACCUUCCGUGCAUGUUUACCGUCACAUGAAAAAUGUAAUGUGGAAGAUUGAGACGUUGGCGAGUUAAAAACGUUCCAACGGCGAGGGCAAACAACAACGCAACGUGCGUUUCUGCGGAAUUUUACAUUUGCACACCUCAUCCGCUUCGUUAAUUUUUCAUGGGCAUAUUUACGCAAGAGAAAUAUAUACAGCCACGUUUAGAAAGGGAGAAUUAUUCGCGCAAAGAAAUAUUCGUACACUGAGAGGAAGGAUAUCUAGAAAAGAAAGAGAUAUUUAUUUAGUAAGUAAUAUAACGAUAUAUUUACUUAACGAAAUAUUAUCAUAACGAUACAUUUAUUGAGAAUAUUUUUUCUCAGAUAUUCCUUCUCUCAGUGCAGAAAGGUAUUUUCAUGUCGCAGAAAGGUAUUGUCGCGUUGACAAUAACCAGGAGUAAAGCGCGAGCAGGGAACAUCGCGGAAAAAAAAACGAACGUCCCCCAUUUAAAUAUGUAACGUCACCCUCGCUCGGCCUUUCCAGCUAAAAUAACGUUGAUCGUUCAAUCCCCUGGGUAUCGAUUUAAAACGUCCGGGGCUAAUAGCAAUCGUGACUCGCUCUAUCGUGAGGCUUCACAUUUUCGCCCGUCCGUCGGCGCGGCUUUCCGCGAAGUCACUCCGCAAAGUGUAUUAACAGGUUGCCAAUAUCGCGGAAAGUCUCGUCGCGGACGAGAGAGGCGAGAGGGACCGCUCGACAUUGUCAGGCGAACAAUUUAAUAUGCGCGGUCGGGACCGGGGGAUCCUCGGGUCCUCGGGAACACGAGCGGCCCUUACCGAGGACUCAGUCCCCUCCUCCGUCCCGCCGGCAUACCUUAUCUAUCUUCCGGCAGUCACAAAGCCGAGAUCUCUCCGUUUAUUGGAAAGCUCUGCCAUCGACUAACCCUAGACGCAGGAUGAAAAGAGAGAAUCCAUCCCUCCUCGCCCUCCUCGCGAGCACUCGCGGGGUAUUAUCGAUACAGGAUACCGCGAGCCUGGUAUGUCGUCUGAAUGUUGAUGCUUCCCGGGGCAAUUUGGGGAUAGGGCCGGAAUUUGCAUGACAUUCCCGUUGUGAGAUCGCUCUCCGUGCUCUACGUACGCGACGUCCCGGUGAACCGAAUAAUUGAAGAGGACGUCCCGGCAAAGGAGAAAAAAAGUAAAAAAUAAAAAGAGUGAAAGGCUACGAGCACCGGAUUCGUUAGCCGGAAAAAUUCCUAUGUUGAAUGUGUGAGUGAGAGAGAGAGAGAGAGAGAGAGAGAGAGAGAGAGAGAGAGAGAGAGAGUCUCGCUCUCUGUGUAACGUGGAAUCAGCGACGAAUUUCUGUAUCACUGCCUUCGCUCUGGAAGGAGCAAAUAAAAAUGGUUCCAUCUCCAGGAACUAUUAUUAAGUCUAAAAUUUAAAUUCUUUUUAUAUCCUGCAAUAAUAUAGAAUGCUUAAAAAAUAUUAACACCUACGUGAAGAAUUCGAAAAUCUUUCAAAAAAAUAGCAAUAAAAAAUCUAGAUAUUAAGAAGAAAAAUCUAGAUAUUAAAAAAAGAAGUCACUCGUCUUGAAGAAAAUCGCACGGUAAUUUUAAUAUUAGAAACAACCAAGCAGUCAUUUUGGGCAGUUUUUACUUUUAAAUUAAUAUCCUGUUUUUCGUGAGAGACAGGAUUGAAAUGAAUGCUCCAUCAGAAUAAAAGAAGAAUUUGACGAUAAGUCAAAAUUUUCAAAUUUGGUUCUUUACAUAAGAAGGAUGUUAAUUUAGAAAAUGAAAAUUACCAGAAAAAAAUGACCGGAGCUUGGUGCUCCAGCGUUAAAUUACCUGAGAAGAUCGAAUUUAAAAAUUACUUCUUUAAUUAAAAUUAAUGGAGAUAACUUCACCAAGUUGUAUGCAUGAAAAACACGGAAGUGCUCGCAAAUUUUGAAGUGAGUCCGCGUUUCUUUUGGGAAAAAUCUCCGUGAUUCCCCCGAAAUCUCGCGUCCUCUCGUGUCGUUGCAACAUGCGCUUCUCCGUCACUUUCCUUCGUCGCCCGCUCUCAUCCUUGCUUGGAAAAUCGCGCAAGCGAGGCACGUCCGACUCGGCACGUCGACGAGACCUCGGCGCGCAAACGUGCAGCCGGAAGUCCUCCUCGGACGUGUAGACGUGCGUGCACGAACGAGCGAGCGAGCGAGUGAACGAACAAACGAACGAAGGAACGUACCUACGGAGGGGCGAACCGACAGGCGGACGCGGGGGUGACAACGAGCGUGUGGUGUGUUACGCGCGCGGAGGGGCCGUGCACAUGCGCAAGAUCGCGCUCACGAGGGUUGCAGUGAGUCAGAGCCGGAGGGGCCGAAGACAGAGGGGAGAAGGUCGCCGGCGGCCGGUUAAUCGACGGCGACGGGAUCGUCAGUCGGUCGGAAAGCGUCGCGACGCUCGGUGCACUCUGUGCACUCUGCUCUCUCGCUCUCUCUACUCUGUCAUCGAGCACGGAGAGUCGCCAGACGACGAGCACGACGACGUCGACGACGUGGAUCGCUUGUUGUCGCGCGGCACCCUCCACGGCGAACACGAUGCAAGUCAACGCCGCGCGAUUCGGAUGACGAACAAGAGCGAAGGCGCGAGGAGGGUGGUCAUGUCCGGCGGCGAAGUGCGUAGCGGAAGUUGACGAGGACGAGAGGGUGACGACGGGCAAGCACGACGAAGACGAGGAUGUUCCUCGCGCGGAGAUGACCGGUCGCUUGGCUCUCCACGCUGAAGAGUAAACUCAAGAGUACGCGACGCGCUCGCGGUGGUGGCGAGAUACCACCUGGGGAGCGAGCGUUGCCUUAGUCCUGCGGGGAUGCGGGCCGCGGAAUCCUCUACCUCGAAAUCGUGAUAUAUCUUUUCUACGUAUCUUGUAAGGGCUGCUUCUCGCCGCAUGUAAACACGGGGCGUAUCGUCCGCCAGCUCGAAGACUGCUGUUCCACUCGCUUCACAUUUGGGUGAAGAGCCGAAGGCGGUUCGGGCACGAAAACGGGCUCCUCCGGUCUACCUUUUAUCACGGAGGGUCGCGUCGAGCUCGGGAAAUCAGGAGGCGACCACAGCGACGACUCGCUAACAGCUGCGACAACAUCGCGCAGAGGGGAGCUUGUCGAACGGCUCGCGUUGUCGUCGGAGCUGCCGGAGUCGAAAGAAGACGCGGGGCUCAGACGAGGGGCGACGAGGGUGGGCGGUGGUGGUGGUAGCAGUCGUGCCGGUCGACAGAGCAGCUGCGCCGGCAAUAGUCGUAACACUACUAACGACCGCUGCAGCAACGAUAGUAUUAGUAGUAGCGGCGGCAACAGCAGCAGCAGCAGCAGCAGCAAUAGUAGUAGUAGUAGCAGCAGCGACGACGACAACAGCAGCGUAAGCUGCAACGGUAGUGUUGGUAGUGGUGGUGUUGGUGGUUGUAGUAGUGGUAACGUCGUCCUCGUAGUCGAUGGUGCUGGCAGUCGUAGUAGUUGUAUCGGUGGAAGACUGUCGUGCAAGGGUGGCUCGACGCGACUCGUAAUAAAGGGACUGGUGGAGGGCCCGGCAAGCAGCAGGGUGGCCGCGCGAGUGCACCCGAGUUGGGGAGCGGGCGCGAGAGGGGUGAGUCCCUCUGCACCCUCAGGACGGGGAUGUCCCGCGGCCGACGGCGUCCCUGGUCGAAUCGUCGCCGUCGGCGCUACGACACGGAAUCGCCGGCCGAUGGGCGCCAAUCUCACUAAGCAGAGCAGGAGGGAGGCCACGCAACGAGAUGUGGAACGAGAACGCCGGCAACGAAUGGAGGCCGAAGCUCGGGUACGCGAGGCUACGGCCGAGGCUGAGAGAGCGCGCUCGAGAGUCCAUCAUCUUCAGAGAGAGUUGGCCAGGAUGGAGGAGUCGUCGCGGGGCCUGCUGCAACAAAAGCACAGGGCCGAACAGCUGAAGCAAGAGAAAACGGCGCUGACACUUUCCUACGAGGCACGCGUUCACCAGUACCAGGCGCAGAUCUCGAAGCUGCAGCUGGAGAACGAGUCGAUGCGGGGUCAGCUGCGCGGCCUGGAGGCAGCAUGCGCCGGUGAAGUGCACGCCGCGCUGGUGGCACGACUGGCGACCCUGGAGACGGAACACGCGGCCUUGGCGCGAGACGCCGACGCCCAGCGCCGACAGUACGAGCGGUGCCUGGACGACGUCGCCAACCAGGUGGUCCGCGCCCUCCUAUCCCAAAAGGGUCUCAGAGAGGAAAUAGGCGCAUUGCAGAGACGUAUACGAGAGCUCGAGGCUCAGAACCGAGCACUGUCGGGACUGUUGGCGCAGGCUGCCAGUCCUGGUAGCCCCACCGAACUGAUCCAAGGAAUUCUCGAGGCCGGUCCAGCCGCUCUGGUGGCCGCCUUGGGCUUGGAUCCAUCCUGGGUGCCCCUCUCGAGGCCCCGUUCCUUAAACUUGCAGAUACCCGUGAUGGCAGCCACCAAAUGUCGACGCAGCAGACCUCUCGCGCAAAAGCCCUCGGAGGAGGAGGGUAGCGAGAGCCCAGAGAGCGGUAACCGGGACGAGGGCUACUCAACCAUGUCCAGUGACGUUCAGGGUGAGGGCACGCGUCAAGAGCCAUCGCGCGGCCUCGAGGACCUCAAGGAGGCCACUGACGAGACCGAGGCCGACGUGUCGCCGGACGCGCGUCUCGUCGCCCUCGACGCCGGCGACCCCGACGUUCUUUUUCUACCUCUGAACCUCACAGUGGGCAUCAAUCCGCGCCACAGCUAUCCACCCACUAAAGAGCUGCUGCCUUAUCAGCACGUGAUGCGCAGCUUCUCCGACAGCCACCUCUGCCUCAAGCUCACCACUACCACCAAUUUCACGCCGUACAAGCUACCCAGCCCCAUGGGAUCGUCCUCCCUGCUGCUGGUGGAGGAGGAGGGCUGGGACGCCGAGUACGUGCAACAAUGGCUCAGGCUCGACGACAGCAGAAGCGCGCAACAGCAUCGAGACCUGCUCGAAUUAGAGUACGACAGGGCGGAGCUGGAGGAUUGGAGCUUCUCGUUGUCCACGGAGGACCUCGUGCAAAAUGAAUCGGCGAUGUGGAAGGAGCCGGCUACAAACACGCCCGCUCUGCCGGCAAUCAAGGAGCAUAAUCCCCUGGAAUUGGAGGAGGACGCGAACGAGUGUCUGUGGAACGGCGCGAGUUAUCUCGCCGACAGGGCCGGAGGGGAGCUGGUCGCACUUCUGAUGGACGCGAGGGCAACUGGACCUUGGCCGUACGCGUCGAGUCCCGGCGCGUCUUGGAGCAGUGAAGAGGGAGUGCUGGAGAACUCGAGCAAGAGGUCGUCGGCGGCGCUCUCCGGCUGCAGCGACGAUCCCGACACACCCUCAAUCGGCACCGACUUCACCAGGGACUUCUACAGACUGGUGAAAUUCGAGAGCACCAAGAGCCUGGCCAGCACGUCGUCCAGGAGCGGGAGACCGCCGCCGGACAGGGAGCAGGCGCUUCAGAGCGUCCUGUCGUUCAUCGCCGAGCAGCAGAUGUACCUCGCGGAAUUGCCGAACAAUCCCGUGGAACCUCACAACGCCGCGUCUCACUCGACCGAAGUUAUAGAAGUAGGUAGCAGCAAAAGCGAUUCCACGGCAGAGACGAAGAUCACCGAGGCGGAAGGGCCGGUCGCUCAGGAGAGCAACAACACCGGGAACGCGACCGAGAUGAGCAGCAACGACGAGCUGCUCGAUCAAAUACAGGUGCCGCCGUUGGCACCCGAGGAGAGGAUCGUGAGCGCCGUGUCGUGUAACGGCGGCAUCUCGUACACGACGGUCGCGCCGUCAGAAUUGGGAGCUGUGCCCGAGGAAGAUGAGGAAGCCGCGACCUCCUCCACACCCAGUACAGUCGUCAGCCCGGCGCGAGCAACCCUCCUCGUGGAGGGUAGGGACCGGACUUUGAGCUUCCACGAGCGCGCCACGUCCAAAGACGUUAUAGACGAGUUGAAUCGCAUGAUUCGGAAAGGCGAGGACAACGCCGUUACCAAUGAGUCUCAGGUAGCAUUGGAGAAACUGGACCUUGCUUGCUGCUGCCCGACAGGAUGGGUUCACGUUGAACGCGACAUUGACUUCACCGACCCCAAGGCCAGAGCCAAUCUCUUAGAUGUGAUGUUAGCAAGCAGCGAAAGUUCCUCGGCGACGUCGAGCAGCGGUUCGGCGGGCAGCGACUCGGGGGACGAGCCGCCCGAUUACCGUCACUUGCACAGAUUACACCGGUACCGACGACAAAAGAAAGCGUCGGCGGCCCAGGCGCACCGCGUCCUCCGACUGCCGUCCACUUGGGGCUCGUCGAGGCCAUCGAUCAUCGGCCGCGGCGACGACUUCUUCGUGCGCUACGGGGACAAGGAGCGCGAGGCGGUGGCCUCCUUCGAUUUCCUCGACGAGUUCGUCGCGGCGCCCUCCUCGCUCGGCUCGGACGGCAGCCCGCUCGACCCGGACGACGCGUCGUCUGCCGACCUCCACAGCGACGUCAUGAAGCUCUCGCCGCUAACCUAGAGCUGAUCCCGAGGCACCGGCGGCAACGGCGACGACGGCGACGACGGCCUAUCGAACGAACGAACGAGCGAGCGAGCCCCGAUUUCUUCCAGACGCGAGAGCUCUUCCCGAUCGGCGCGAACGGCGCGUUGUCUCGAUUCUUUAGAGUUCAAGUACUCCACGAGUCCAGCUUAGUUCGUAUCUUUCUAUCACAAAAGUUCAACCGUUUUUUCUUUUACAAGUGUGAGAAUUACAUUUAUCAGUAAAAGCGAGGAAAACGUCAUUUCCAAGCGGAGGAGCGCGCGAAUCACCGGGAAGAGACUCGUCACAGGUUGUUGAAUCUUCUUUCGUUAAGCAUAGCUAAUCAAAAUGGCAAACUAAAUGACCUGACCGUCUGAUCCUAUCUAACGCGGUGCGCAACUAUUCGCGAGCGAUCGCCUAGUUGUGAACUACUCGCCUCAUCGUCAACGAGGACUCGUUAUUUUGCAAAUGUGCGUUGAAACGACGAACGUCGUCCAUCACCUUUUACGGCGUGAGAAUGAUUUGUAUAUUACUCUAUAAACAUCUCGCUCACUGCGCCUCGAGUUUCAUGAUCUCGCGGUCGCGUCGCGUUUUUCGCCGAAUGAUAAGCGGAGCCGAGGUCGGGUAACUUCGAGGCGCGUCGGGAUAGAUUUAUUGUUUUCAGACAAGAGUCCGUCUUGUCUUUUUCUCUGCGAGCUUCCUCUUAUUCGAGAUACAAAUAACGCAUCGUGGUGCAGUCGGAGGCAAGCAAAGGUGGAAUCCGACCGACGAGAACAGAUCGAUUCAGACUGGAGUUCCUGUCUGGAUCUAUCCAGGCCCGAUAAAGGUAGCCUUAAAUAGCUUUCUCAAUCUCAAACGACUAGACGACACGAUCAUCUCGCUUUCCUUCUGCACCUCGAUGCGCCGAACGAAAAGAAUCUAAUAGUGAGUACAUGCGAAUAAAUAUUAGUCACAGAAUUAGCGAUAAGAAUUAUGUAAGCUGUGGUCGACCUGUGACACUAAAAAGCGUGUACGACGGACAUGAAUCGCCACGAUCGAAAGGCUCUCUUCACCGAAGUGAACGCACAUUGGCGACGCGUAAUCGUAGGUGUAGAACUUAUCCUGUAAUCGUUUUAUGAAACUCUCGCGGAUAUCGCGUGUCGCGGCGUUGUUACGAAAGGCAGGAUCUCCGACAGCUCAAAAACAUCAGGAGACAAAAUUCUCUUUCUAUGAAUAUUCUCUCCUCGCCUUGUCAAAAGAUUAUUUAUAUAUCCCGCGAAAAUCCUAUUUUUCUUUUGAUCAAUUCUUUAAACGUUUCGUGACACAAAAGUAGAUUCACUGCGAAAGAACCGGCAGAUUUCACUUAAUAAACACGAUUUUUGAUUGUCAGAAAAAUUGAAUUUUGUUAAGGGAAACGCGUAUUGAGUCGUUAUCGAAUCAUCAUAAUGACUCGUGCGAAGAAACAUGCGUGUCGCGGCGCGCACCUUCCAAAAUGAGCUUAAACAGAGAGCGUAGACUAAGAAGUCACUCGUCGAUUUUCUAUGAACCGCUAGAUAUUUUGUACUUUCCCCAGUCGUGAAUCGUUGACGAGCGUCAAGAGCCGCGAUCGUUAGUCGAUACAACUCGGUCCACGCGUGACGAACUAUUUCCUUCUGUCCUUAGAAAUGUAAGAGCGUAAAACACGAGCCUGUAUAUUUCGCUUCCGAACUUUGUAAUAUAGUGGAUGACGAUGUGUGUGCAUGUGUGUGUACGCAUGUGAGAGAGAGAGAGAGAGAGAGAGAGAGAGAGAGAGAGAGAGAGAGGCAUUUGCGCUUAGAAAACAAAAUAAGUUGACGAGGUAACGAAGAUAACUUUGUUGUAUGAACGAAGGUAGGGAUUACUUCGGUGUGAUUUGUACGAAAUUCGUCGUCACGAAAGCGAACGAAUUUCUCUGCGUUUGAUCGAGUUAGGAGUAAUAUCACUAGCGUACAUAAGCUUUAGGGUAACGAAUCGAUAGAGAUCGAGAUAUUUUACACGUAGCUGUAUACCCGCAUGACGAGUACGUUCAAUAUUUCAAAAUGGAGGCUGCACGGACGUCAGGUUGUCCCGCGUUUGCUCGCGUUGCUGCUUUUCUAGUCAAGCAAGUGAAAGACGAUUCUCAAUCCCUUUACAAUCGCGGAUCUGACCCGAUCGCGUUUAUCGACCCUGCGACAUGCGCGCGUUAUCUAUUAUUAAGUGAACUUUGGACUAGACCGGAGAAUUAUCUCUAAUCGUUCUAAAGAUUUAUUAUUCCGGACCUCGCAGCUUGUCAGGAUACUUCUCGUUUACUUCCAGAUAACAUUUCGAAAAUAUUCAAAAACGUUCAAGUUGCGAUCAUCGUGAUAUCUACAUAUAUUGCAUUAUUAGAUGGUCACGAUAAUAUUUAAGUCGUAAGGUAAGCCCAUUUGACUUUUGAGAGUAUAAGUAACUGAGAAACGAUUUUAAACAUGAUUGUCGUUAUUAUCUGUUAACAACAGCGUAAACGUAGCAAACGAGAGAACUUUCGUUCGCGCGCUUAUGUAAAAAAAAAGAAUUACAAUCUAUAACGAUGCGUAGCGCAGGGUUAAUUGGCGCCAAUUAGCGACGAUUCCAAGACUCGAUUAUCCAAGAUUAUUUUCCAUAAUGCCCUAUGACUAUACUGUAUUUUUCAAUGAAAAGGUCGUUAUUUAUUCGAGUAUCUCAUAACGAUAACGUAGAAAACCGAUUGCGCAGAGAAAGAGUAAAAUAAAAUAUCAAAGAUAGAACGAAAGAGAGCAGAGAACAACCUUCCCGAGGAGACAACUCCUGUCCUGCAGCCUGAGAAUAAUAGACUAAUGAUUAUAGCUUUAAGAUGUUUGUAAGUUCUCUACCCUGGGGUGUCGGCACAGCGCGCGUCCGCCCGUUUUAUUCCCAAUCGAGCCGGAACUCCCCGUAGCAGCAAAGUCAAACGAUAAUCGCGCGAAACGAGGACUCGGUGUGUACGACGAAUGGUGACCUUGUACAUAGUAUGUAUCAUAGCUCAACACGCAGAUGUAAGUUAUCCUCUCUUGAAACUUAAUAAAUAACGACAAUAUACGAACAUAAAAAGAAAACCAAGAAGAAGAAUCCAACAAGCACUUGUAACCGAUUGUUGUUGUCUACGUUUAUUUAAUGAAUGUACAGAGCUGGGCACACGCAUAUAACACAUAUACAUAUACACUCACAUACACACACACACAUAGUUUUGCCCUGCAGCGAAAGCAACAGCAACGUUAAUAACGGCAAUCGCGUGUGUGUGCACGAUGGUUAAUGUCGACCAUCGAAGGAGAAGACGAUGAAAAAUUGGAAAAACGGCGAAAUGAAUAAUCAAACCGCGAGCCGCGGUAAUAAUUGGUCCAGCGAUGUCACAUAAUGUCUAUGCGAAUAAACGAUGAAUAAAAUCGACACUUUAUUUGGAUAAAA